AUUCCUGCAGGGCAUUGAAGGAGGAUUUCUAAAGUCUUCUUUCCCUCUAGGUCAACUCGAUCAGUGUUGAUUAUUACAACUUUUACCUGCAAACGGGACAUUGAGUUAAUGUAACAGUUUGAGAUUAACUACAGAAACAAUGCAUUCCCAAAUAAAGAACUUAAUGCGCUUGACGCCCUGCGCUCCUGUCCACAGCAAGAGGAUAUUGGAAAGGAAACUUUGGUAUUGCUGUGCAGCAAAACAACCACAGCUAGAAGGAGGCUUUAGCGCUACAGGAUCGCAUGCAGCUGCAAAAGAAAAUGUUUUUUCCGGAUUACAAAGCUGCAGAAACUAUGCGUCCGUGUGCGCUUACAGCCAAGCCUUCGCCUCGGCGAGGGACCACCCUGAAACUUUCUGGGGUGAGAUGGGACACAACAUAAAAUGGUUUGAGCCCUGGAGCAAAACUCUGCAUGUUGAAGACCCGGUGUUUCCAAACUGGUUUGUUGGGGGGAAGUUAAACAUGUGCUUUAAUACUGUGGAUCAUCAUGUGGAAAGUGGCCGUGGAGAACAGCCAGCCAUCAUUUAUGACAGCCCGGUGGCUGGAACUAAAAAGAUCAUUACCUUCCGGGAACUUCAGGACCAGGUGUCGAGGUUAGCUGGAGUCCUUGUGAAGAAUGGGGUGCAGAAAGGGGAUAUUGUUGUCAUCUAUAUGCCUAUGGUGCCCCAGGCCAUGUUCACCAUGCUGGCCUGUGCACGGAUUGGUGCCCCGCACAGCCUCAUCUUUGGUGGCUUUGCCUCCAAGGAGCUGUCAGUCCGGAUUGAUCAUGCCAAACCCAAGCUGUUGGUGACGGCCUCGUUUGGCAUCGAGCCAGGCAGAAGAGUUGAGUACAUCCCGCUGGUGAAGAAAGCCCUGGAGAUGAGCUCUCACAGACCCUCCAAAGUCCUCAUCUAUAACAGGCCCAACAUGGAGAAAGUUUCUCUUGAUCCAGAGCUGAACCUGGAUUGGGACCAAGAAAUGGCCACCGCUCGUCCACAUGACUGUGUUCCCCUGCCAUCCAACCAUCCUUUGUACAUUCUCUAUACGUCUGGGACCACAGGCACACCAAAGGGCAUCGUAAGAGACACCGCAGGCUAUGCUGUUAUGCUGAAAUGGACCAUGUCAAAUAUUUAUGGUCUCAGCCCUGGAGAUGUUUGGUGGGCUGCAUCUGAUCUGGGCUGGGUGGUCGGCCAUUCCUACAUCUGCUAUGCUCCUUUACUCCAUGGUAACAGCACCAUUCUUUAUGAGGGAAAGCCAGUUGGGACUCCGGAUCCUGGUGCGUUCUUCCGUGUCUUGUCUGAACAUGGAGCUUCCUCUAUGUUUACAGCACCCACGGCAAUCCGGGCCAUUCGGCAGCAGGACCCCAAUGCUUCAUUUGGCAGAAAAUACCCUCUGACAAGGUUGCAAUCGUUAUUCUUGGCAGGAGAGCGAUGUGAUGUUGAGACGCUGGAUUGGGCAAAGAAGAGCUUUGGGGUUCCAGUUUUGGAUCACUGGUGGCAGACUGAAACUGGUUCAGCCAUCACUUCCUCUUGUAUCGGCCUGGGUAACUCGCUCACGCCACCUGCAGGCCAGGCUGGGAAACCAGUUCCAGGUUACAACGUUACUGUAAUCGAUGAUGACAUGCAAGAUGUGAAGCCAAGAACUCUGGGAAAUAUUGUGGUCAGAUUACCUUUACCACCUGGAGCUGCUCUGUCCCUGUGGCAAAACAAGGAUCUGUUCAAGGAGCUCUACUUCUCCAAGUUCCCGGGAUACUAUGACACAAUGGAUGCUGGAUUUUUGGAUGAGGAAGGUUUCCUUUACAUUAUGUCCCGGUCUGAUGAUGUCAUCAACGUGGCUGGCCACAGGUUGUCUGCUGGAGCUCUAGAAGAGUCGGUGCUUCUGCACUCCGCCGUGGCAGACUGUGCUGUGGUGGGCCUCGAGGACUCUCUGAAGGGCCACGUUCCUUUGGCGCUGUGUGUACUUAAGCUAGGUGUGCAGAAAACCAAGGAAGAAAUCAUAAAGGAGGUCGUGAAGCUUGUAAGAGACAACAUCGGGCCUGUGGCCGCCUUUAGGAAUGUGCUCUUUGUUCACGGGUUACCGAAAACGCGUUCCGGAAAAAUCCCUCGCUCUUCUUUGGCCAACCUGAUCAACGGCAAACCCUACAAGGUCACUCCAACCAUUGAGGAUCCUGAAGUGUUUAAAGACAUUGAGAGGCAAGUAGAAAAAGUUCUGAGACGACAUUCAGCUUGAACACAAAGAAAACUGGACCACAGUAUUACUCCGUUAACAUACGUAGCGUAGUGAAAUGAAUGUGAACGUUUUAGAGAAAUAAUUCCUUUAACACCCCUGACUAAAACAAAUGUGUGCCUUUACGCGUUUAUAUAUUUUUAACAUACUAGAAAAUAAUCCUGCUUAUCCUUAAGAAGUGAUUAGCGGGUAUUAGGAAG